UUUUAGGGAACUGAUAUUUCAAACAUUCAUGGCUACAGUUGGCAAGACUAUAAAGUGUAGGGCGGCAGUUGCUUGGGAACCCAACAAACCACUGAAAAUUGAAGAGAUUGAAGUUGCACCGCCAAGAGAAUAUGAAGUACGAAUAGAGGUUUUGUACACCGCGAUAUGUCAUACUGAUGCUUACACAUUGGAUGGUGAUGAUCCGGAAGGAAUAUUCCCCUGUAUUCUUGGGCAUGAGGGUGCUGGUAUAGUGGAAAGUGUCGGCAGUGGUGUAACAUGUGUGAAGCCCGGGGACCAUGUUAUUCCUUUAUACACGGCACAGUGUAAGGAGUGUAAAUUCUGCCUUAAUCCGAAAACAAACUUGUGUCAACGUGUUCGGGUAACACAAGGGCAGGGUUUAAUGCCGGAUAGAACCACUCGCUUUUCGCAGCGUGGCAAUACAAUAUAUCACUUUAUGGGAUGCAGUACUUUCAGUGAGUAUACUGUUGUGUCGCAGUAUUCUCUCUCUAAGGUACCAUGCAAUGCACCAUUGGACAAGCUUUGUUUGCUUGGCUGUGGUGUUUCAACUGGUUAUGGAGCAGUGGUAAACAAUUGCAAAGUUGAACCGGGCUGCACCAUUGCAGUUUGGGGGCUUGGUACUGUUGGAUUGGCCGUCAUUAUGGGAGCCCGAAUUGCUGGCGCCAGGUUGAUCGUGGGGAUUGACAAAAAUACAAAGAAGUUUGAGAAAGCUAUUGAAUUUGGCGCAGAUGAAUGCAUUAAUCCAGAUGAUAUACCAAAGGAUCAGCCGUUGCAAACAUUCCUCGUAGACAAAUAUGAUGGUGGCUUCGAUUAUACCUUUGAAUGCAUUGGACUUGUUGAAACAAUGCGUCAAGCACUUGAAGCGGCACAUAAAGGUUGGGGUGUGUCUUGCAUCAUUGGUGUUGCUGCGACAGGGAAAGAGAUAUCGACACGUCCGUUCCAAUUAGUUACUGGUCGUACAUGGAAAGGAUCAGCUUUCGGAGGAUGGAAAAGCGUUGACGAUAUCCCGAAAUUAGUUGAUGAGUACCAGAGAGGCAAAAUCAAAUUGGAUGAAUUCAUUACCGGGUAUUACGAUUUUGCGGAAAUCAACACAGCCUUCGAAGCGCUACAUUCGGGCGAUAGAAACAACUAGAAGCCGAGCGCCAAAAAUUCAACGAACCCAACAGAAGACGUCGCAAACGAUAUUACCUACAUGCCGCUAUACCGAAGCAGGCAUACAGCGCGAAAACGAAAAUCAAUUUCGAAUCAAUCUAACAACACAUUCCUGCUAGCCAGCAAAACUCGUUCGUUGUCAAGCAAAGAAAAAAAGAAAUAGUGUGUUUAGAAAAUUAAAUCAUCAAAUUCUGGAUUAACCCCUGUCAUUUCUAAUUACAUUUAAAAUAUGUUUAAAUGAAAUAUCUCUCCCAUAGAAGGGUCGAAGGUAAUGGCAACAAAAUUAGAAUUAGGAGGAAAGUAUAGCAAACUUGAAACUAUGUUUAGGCUCGGUAUUCCCAUAAGACCAGUUGGAUUGAUUAACAUUACAAACUACUAAAUAGUUA